AUGCACAUCCGGGAGAUGCUGGCGGAAGCCGAGAGGACCGGCAACCCGUCCUUCUCGUUCGAAUACUUCCCGCCCAAGACGGCCCAAGGUGUACAGAACCUCUACGACCGCAUGGAGCGCAUGUACAACUUCGGCCCCAAGUUUGUCGACAUCACCUGGGGAGCUGGCGGUCGCAUUGCCGAGUUGACGUGCGAGAUGGUGGCCCAGGCGCAGACCUACCUGGGGCUCGAAGCGUGUAUGCACCUUACAUGCACCGACAUGGGCGAGGACAAGGUCAACGAUGCGCUUCGGAAGGCUUACAAGGCCGGCUGCACCAACAUCCUGGCCCUCAGGGGGGACCCGCCACGCGAACAUGAGAAGUGGGAGGCUACUGAGGGCGGCUUCCAGUAUGCCCGGGACCUCGUGGCCCACAUCCGCAAGACAUACGGCAACCACUUCGACAUUGGCGUGGCCGGCUACCCGGAGGGUUGUGACGACAACAAGGACGAGGAAUCGCUGCUCGACCACUUGAAGGAGAAAGUCGAUAUGGGCGCUACGUUCAUCGUCACCCAGAUGUUCUACGAUGCCGACAAUUUCAUCCGCUGGGUCGGAAAGGUCCGUGAGCGCGGCAUUACCGUGCCCAUCGUGCCUGGCAUCAUGCCCAUCGCCACCUAUGCCAGCUUCUUGCGUCGCGCGAACCAUAUGAAUUGCAAGGUGCCCGAGGAUUGGAUGGCGAAGCUCGAAUCGGUCAAGAAUGACGAUGUGGCAGUCCGUGAUAUCGGCAAGACGCUGGUUGCCGACAUGUGCCGGAAGAUCCUCACCGCUGGAAUUCGUCACCUGCAUUUCUACACCAUGAACCUCGCUCAGGCAACCCGGAUGGUCCUGGAAGAGUUGGACUGGAUGCCGUCGCCAGACCGCCCGCUCAAGCAGGCGCUCCCUUGGAAGCAAUCUCUGGGCUUUGGGCGUCGCGACGAGGACGUUCGACCUAUUUUCUGGCGCAACCGCAACAAGUCGUACGUCGCGCGCACACAGGAUUGGGAUGAGUUCCCCAACGGCCGCUGGGGUGAUUCGAGGUCCCCCGCCUUCGGCGAGCUGGAUGCCUACGGCGUUGGCUUGACUGGCAGUAACGAACAAAACCGCAAGAAGUGGGGUGAGCCGACCUGCAUUCAGGACAUUGCCAACCUCUUUGUCCGCUACCUGAACAAGGAGAUCGACUACCUUCCCUGGAGCGAGGCACCGGUGGCCGAGGAAGCCGACCUCAUCAGGGACGACCUAAUCGAGUUGAACAACCGUGGUCUUAUCACUGUGAACUCACAGCCGGCCGUCAACGGCGUCAAAUCAACCCACCCAAUCCACGGCUGGGGGCCUGCGAACGGCUACGUCUAUCAGAAGGCCUACCUCGAGAUGCUUAUCUCGCCCGAGCUCUUCCCGCAAAUCAAGCGCCGUAUCGAGGAUCAUCCUGAUCUGACCUACCACGCGGUGACCAAGUCCGGCAACCUUCAUACCAACGCGCAAUUCGAGGGACCCAAUGCUGUCACCUGGGGUGUGUUCCCUGGCAAGGAAAUCGUCCAGCCCACCAUCGUGGAGAGGAUCAGUUUCCUCGCUUGGAAGGACGAGGCAUUCCAGUUGGGCAUGGAAUGGGCUCGCUGCUACGAGACCGGCACGCCAAGCCGUUCCAUCUUGGACGAGGUCAUGAACACCUGGUACUUGGUGAAUAUUGUUAAUAACGAUUUCCACCGUGGCGAAACCAUCUUCGAGGUCCUCAAGGGUCUCGAGGCCCCUGGUCUAGACAAGGUCCCAGAACCUCAAGCGAAUGGCGCCACGAAUGGCGCUACAAACGGCGCCCCCAACGGCGUCGAGGCAUAA